CUGCUGGCGCCGAGUGACGGUGUCGGCCAGUCGAGGGCCGUGGGCCUGCAGCCACCACUGGGCCCGGGCAGGGGCGACCAGGAGCUCUCGAUUCCCGAGGCGCACAAGGAGGUCGAGCACUUCGGGCGGGUGUUGGAACACGCGGUGGACAAGCUGCAGCGGAUUCGCCAAG